AUGUUCCUCCGAAAACCCCCACUUCCUCGUCUCCUUCUUAACAAUGUCUCUUGCAUGAGAAAUGCCCAACAAAUCCUGCGUCAUGUAAAUGUGUCCCUUCACGAUGGUGGUGCACUUGUGCUGAUGGGCACCAAUGGCUCAGGCAAAACUACUUUCUUGCGCAUGUUAGCUGGCUUCUCCAAACCAUCAGCUGGUGAGAUCCUCUGGAAUGGUCAUGACGUAACUGAAUCAGGCAUCUUCCACCAGUACAAGCUUCAGCUUAACUGGCUCUCCCUCAAAGAUGCAAUCAAAGAAAAGUUCACAGUCCUUGACAAUGUUCAGUGGUUUGAAGUUCUUGAAGGCAAGCAAGGGAUGUCUCUGCCUGCUCUGGAGCUUAUGGGCCUUGGGAGACUGGCAAAUGAGAAAGCAAGAAUGCUGUCCAUGGGUCAACGAAAAAGGCUACAGCUCGCAAGGUUGCUAGCUAUUGAUCGGCCAAUUUGGUUGCUCGAUGAACCUUCAGUUGCAUUGGAUGGUGAAGGUGUGAAGCUGCUGGAAUAUAUUAUUGCAGAGCACCGAAAAAAGGGUGGUAUUGUCAUCGUAGCCACGCAUCUUCCAAUUGAGAUCGAGGACGCCAUGUAUUUGAGGUUGCCACCCAGGUUUCCAAGGAGGAUGACUUUGGUAGACAUGCUUGAUCGAGGUGGAUUGGAUUGA